CAGGCUGACUCAUCAGUAGAAAUUGGGAAGAGCUGCAGAAGAGAAGCCAAACAGACAAGCUGAUAACUCAAAGAAAUACUCUUUUGAGUUGGGGGUUCAGAGUGGAGCCAUCAUGAGCGAUGUUACCAUUGUGAAGGAAGGCUGGGUUCAGAAGAGGGGAGAAUAUAUAAAAAACUGGCGGCCAAGAUAUUUCCUGCUAAAGACAGAUGGGUCUUUCAUAGGCUAUAAGGAAAAGCCCCAGGAUGUGGAUCUGCCAUAUCCACUCAACAACUUUUCAGUGGCAAAAUGUCAACUAAUGAAAACAGAGCGACCAAAGCCAAACACAUUCAUUAUCAGAUGUCUUCAGUGGACCACUGUCAUAGAGAGGACAUUCCACGUAGACACUCCGGAGGAACGGGAAGAAUGGACAGAAGCAAUCCAGGCUGUAGCAGACAGACUUCAGAGGCAAGAAGAAGAGAGGAUGAACUGUAGUCCAACUUCACAGAUAGACAAUAUAGGAGAAGAAGAGAUGGAUGCUUCAACAACCCAUCAUAAAAGAAAGACAAUGAAUGAUUUUGACUAUUUAAAACUACUGGGCAAAGGCACGUUUGGCAAAGUUAUCCUGGUCCGAGAGAAGGCUAGUGGGAAAUACUAUGCUAUGAAGAUUUUGAAAAAAGAAGUCAUUAUUGCAAAGGAUGAAGUGGCUCAUACGCUUACGGAAAGCAGAGUAUUGAAAAACACCAGGCACCCUUUUUUAACAUCCUUGAAAUAUUCCUUCCAGACAAAGGAUCGUUUGUGUUUUGUGAUGGAGUAUGUUAACGGAGGAGAGCUGUUUUUCCAUUUGUCGAGAGAGCGGGUGUUCUCAGAGGACCGCACACGCUUCUAUGGUGCAGAAAUUGUCUCUGCCCUGGACUAUCUGCAUUCUGGGAAGAUUGUGUACCGUGAUCUCAAGUUAGAAAAUCUCAUGUUGGAUAAAGAUGGACACAUAAAAAUUACAGAUUUUGGACUUUGCAAAGAAGGAAUCACAGACGCAGCGACUAUGAAAACAUUCUGUGGUACUCCAGAAUACCUGGCACCCGAGGUGUUGGAAGAUAAUGACUAUGGUCGUGCAGUGGACUGGUGGGGAUUAGGAGUUGUCAUGUAUGAAAUGAUGUGUGGAAGAUUACCGUUCUACAACCAAGAUCAUGAGAAACUAUUUGAACUGAUACUAAUGGAGGACAUAAAAUUUCCUCGAACGCUGUCUGCAGAUGCAAAAUCAUUACUAUCAGGCCUACUGAUAAAGGAUCCAAAUAAGCGACUUGGUGGAGGCCCAGAUGAUGCAAAAGAAAUCAUGCGUCAUAGUUUCUUUGCUGGAGUGAAUUGGCAAGAUGUAUAUGAUAAAAAGCUUGUACCUCCUUUUAAACCUCAAGUGACAUCUGAGACAGACACCAGGUAUUUUGAUGAAGAAUUUACAGCUCAGACUAUUACGAUAACGCCGCCUGAAAAAUAUGACGAGGAUGGUAUGGACUGCAUGGACAAUGAGAGGCGGCCACAUUUCCCCCAGUUUUCCUACUCUGCAAGUGGACGAGAAUAACUUUUUUGUUCUGCUGCUUCACUGUCAUCUUAGGUUUAUCACUGAAAAUGAUUCCUGAACAUCACCACCAGUACUAGAUGCUAUUUAAGAUAGCAGGGGCACUUUCAGAGACCAUUCCAAAUUGAACAAGUUUUUUUCCCAAACCUACCUAAAA